GGAGACGCGAAAAUUUCUUUGAAAAUAGUGAUAACUCAAGAGGAUCAGUGCGCAAGGUGUCCCUGAAGGAUGAGUGUGAACACGGGGAGAGCGCGAAACAGGAAUUUCGAAGGGAAUUCCGGUUCUGAUGUGACUUUCAGGACAAUUCAAGAGAACGAGAGGAUAGACUUUCGCUAUGGCUUCGCUACGCCUAGUGAUUCCAAGGAGAGAAACGGUUAUCUACUGAAUCUUCAUUCGACGGAUGUGCUCAAUGAGAACCGCCAGUUGGUGUCUGGAUUGGAUAUGUACUUCCUCGAGAUGUCAGGAGCACGAUUCAAAGCCACAUUCGUGUUUCAGCCUUAUUUCUUUGUGCUGCCCAAGGCGAGUCACUUCACGGAAGUGCAGAGAUUCCUGGACAGGAAGUACGCCGGGCAAAUAGUCACAUCUGAGGCGGUGGAUAAGGAGGAUCUUAAUCUGGCGAACCAUCUCAUUGGCAUCAAGCAGAACUACAUCAAGGUGUCCUUCCAGAACAUCAACACGCUGAUCAAAGUCAGGCGAGAAUUGCUGGCGGCAGUGAGGAAGAAUCAGGAGAAUGCAAAGAACCACACGGAUUACAUGCAGCUGCUGGCUGCCAGUAUGUCUGGUGAGGCUGGACCAUCUCGUGGCAGUGAUUUCUUCAACUCUGACCUCAUGGAGUUCAUUGUGGACAUCCGAGAGUACGACAUUCCCUAUCACGUGCGAGUGUGCAUCGAUCUGAAUGUCUUCUGCGGCAAUUGGUACUCAGUGACAUGCUUCGGAGGACAAAAUCCCAUCAUAAAGCCCUGCACGGACAUCAUCGAUCGCCCUGAACCGAUUGUCCUGGCUUUCGACAUUGAAACGACAAAGUUGCCGCUCAAGUUUCCGGACGCCAAUACAGAUCAGAUCAUCAUGAUCUCCUACAUGAUCGAUGGUCAGGGGUAUUUGAUCACGAAUCGAGAGAUCAUCUCGGCGGACGUGAAGAGCUUUGAGUACACGCCCAAAGCGGAAUUUGAGGCGACUUUCACGGUAUUCAACGAGCCCAACGAAAUGGCCACAAUCCAGAAGUUUUUCAGCCACAUUCUCGAGGUGAAGCCGCACAUCUUCGCCUCCUACAACGGUGACUUCUUCGAUUGGCCCUUCAUCGAGACGCGCGCAGCCGUGUACGAUAUCGACAUGAAGCAGGAAAUUGGGUUCAGCAAGAAUCGCGAGGGUCACUUUCUCUCUCGACCAGCUUCGCACUUGGACUGUCUCAACUGGGUGAAGAGAGACUCCUAUUUGCCGGUGGGAUCGCAAGGAUUAAAGGCUGUGGCGAAGGCGAAGCUGCGUUAUGAUCCUGUGGAGUUGGAUCCCGAGGAGAUUUGCUCUCUGGCCGUGAAGAGGCCUCAAGUGCUCUCCAAUUACUCCGUUUCGGAUGCUGUGGCAACUUACUAUCUCUACAUGAAGUACGUGCAUCCCUUCAUCUUUGCCCUGGCCACAAUUAUCCCCCUGGAUCCGGAUGAGGUGCUGAGGAAGGGCUCUGGAACUUUGUGUGAGAACUUGCUGAUGGUGCAGGGCUUCAGGGCGAAUGUGAUCUUCCCCAAUAAGCAAGUGGAGGAGGUGAAUAAGAUCACGGACGGUUACGUUCUGGACACUGAAACAUACGUUGGCGGUCAUGUGGAGGCGCUUGAAUCGGGUGUCUUCCGUGCUGAUAUCCCGUAUCGCUUCCGCAUCGACACGGACAUGGUGACGAGCCUCCAGGAGGAUGUGGACAAGGUGCUCUAUCAUGCUAUUGCCGUGGAAAAAGGAGUGUCGAUGGAGAGUGUGAAGAAUCUGGCCGAGGUGACGGCAGAGAUCAGAGCGGCCCUCGAGGCACUUCGCAACAUACCCAAUAGGAUUGAGCAGCCUGUCAUCUACCACUUGGACGUGGGCGCCAUGUAUCCGAACAUCAUCCUCACGAAUCGCCUCCAACCGUACGCGAUGGUGAAUGAGACGAAUUGCGCCGUGUGUGACUUCAAUGAGCCCACGGCGCAGUGCAAGCGUGACAUGACGUGGUCGUGGCGCGGAGAGAUGCUGCCGGCCACGAAGAGUGAGCUGCAGAGAAUCCAGCAGCAGCUGGAGACGGAGACUUUCCCACCGGUGUUUCCCAAUGGGCCGCCGAGGGCCUUCAAUCAACUGUCGCGAGAGGAUCAGCGGGCGUACGAGAAGAAGAGACUGAUAGACUACUGUAAGAUGGCGUACAAGAAGAGGAAGAUCACACGCCUGGAGACGAAGACAAGCACGGUGUGUCAGAAGGAGAACAGCUUCUACGUGGACACGGUGAGAUCCUUCAGGGAUCGCCGGUAUGAGUACAAGGAGAUGACGAAGAAGGCCAAGGGUGCUGUGAUUGAUGCCAUCAAGACGGGCGAUGCGAGUGAAAUCAAGGCGGCGAAGGGACGAGAAGUCCUCUUUGAUUCCCUCCAAUUGGCUCACAAGUGCAUCCUCAACUCCUUCUACGGAUAUGUGAUGAGACGCGGCGCGCGAUGGCACAGCAUGCCAAUGGGUGGGAUUGUGUGUCUCACGGGAGCGAAUAUCAUCACGAAAGCCCGCGAAAUCAUUGAGCGGGUGGGAAGACCACUAGAGUUGGAUACAGAUGGAAUUUGGUGCAUUUUGCCGGGAUCAUUUCCACAGAACUUCACAGUGGAGAGCACCGAGGCGAAGGGCGGGAAGUUUGUCAUCUCCUAUCCCAACGCCAUCCUCAAUGCGAUGGUGAAGGAUCAUUUCACGAACGAACAGUACCAUGAGCUCGUGACUCCUGCGUGUGACGGCAAGAGGCCGGAGUAUACGAAGAGGGAGGAGAAUUCGAUCUUCUUCGAGGUGGACGGACCUUAUCUGGCCAUGGUGCUGCCGGCAGCCAAGGAAGAGGGCAAGAAGCUGAAAAAGCGCUACGCUGUGUUCAACUUCGAUGGCUCAAUUGCUGAGCUAAAGGGAUUCGAGGUGAAGAGACGUGGAGAGUUGCAAUUGAUCAAGAAUUUCCAGUCGUCUGUCUUCGAUGCCUUCCUCCAGGGCAAGACACUGGAGGAGUCUUACGGCAGUGCCGCCAAGGUGGCCAACUACUGGCUCGAUGUGCUGUACAGUCAUGGCGAGAGCAUGCCGGAUAGCGAGCUAUUUGAGCUGGUGUCUGAGAAUCGCUCUAUGUCGCGCAAACUGGAGGAUUACGGAGUGCAGAAAUCCACGUCAAUCUCCACGGCGAAGCGCCUGGCGGAGUUUCUGGGAGAUCAAAUGAUCAAGGAUGCUGGAUUGUCGUGCAAGUAUAUCAUUUCAGCCAAGCCCGAAGGAGCACCGGUUACUGAGAGAGCCAUUCCGCUGGCCAUCUUCCAGUCAGAGGCCAGCGUGCGACGACACUAUCUCUGUCGCUGGCUCAAAGAUCCCAGCAUGGGCGAAGCCGACCUGCGCGAAGUGCUGGACUGGAAUUACUACAUUGAGCGUCUGAGUGGGGCUAUUCAGAAGAUCAUCACAAUUCCCGCGGCACUGCAAGGCCUCUCGAAUCCGGUGGAGCGAGUGGCUCAUCCGGAGUGGCUGCACAAGAAGAUUCUGCAGAAGGACGAUGUGUUCAAGCAGAGGAAGAUCACUGAGAUCUUCAAGGCGAAGCCAAAGGAAGUGGCGGACAUUGAGGACUUGGCGACUGCGCCUGUGGCUUCUGGAUCACAGCAGAAGCGUCCGAUGACGGUGAAGAGGAAGCGACAGGAAGUGCUCGAUGGCGAGGCAACAAUUGAGAGUCUCUUGGGCGCCGCGCCACCCAUGGGACCUUCCCACGAUGAAGUUCUCGAGUGGGUGAAGUACCAGAAGAAGAAGUGGACUCUGCAGUUGGAGCAGCGCUCGCUGGCCAAGAAGAAUCGCGCGAAGCAGCAAAGAUUGGAAGAUGCUCCGCGUGUCGUGGAUUCCCGACGAUCUCGAGCCACAAUUGGUGAUUUUCUUCGCAAAACUCACUCCACUCUGCUCGAAACGACGUGGGAAAUCAUUCAGAUUGCCGAGACUGAUUAUCCGGGGAAUUUUGUCAUGUGGAUCCUGACGAAUGGUGAGGAGUUGCACAGGAUCCGACUCACUGUGCCCAGAGUGUUCUAUGUGAAUCAACGUGUGGCACUGAGUCAGGAGCUGGAAGAGGCUGAAAAUGCAGUGUUCAAGAAAGUGCACAGAAUCCUGCCACGAUCCAGUCCUGUUCAUCACCUGUAUCGCUACCAAAUCCCUGAGCAAACGUACCAAGAUCGCAAGCUGGAGAUGCUGAUUGAUCUGACAACGCCGGACAUUGAGGGAAUCUAUGAGACGCAGACGAGUCUGAUGUUCAGGAGUGUGAUUGACUUGGGAUGCAAGUGUGCUGUGCAGCGCAGCGAGCGCAAUCGCACCACCAACAAGGACUCCUUCUCACUGGAACACCUCGAGUUCCGCAGUGACAAGGAUCACACGUAUCUGCAGAGCUAUGGUCAGCUGAAGAAGAUCUUCCUGUACCAGCACAGCAGCGCCACGGGGAAGAGAAACAUGUGGGGUGUGUUUGUGCCGUCCACGAAGAAGGCCACAAUUCUCGUGAGUGACUCCGUGCGAACGGAUCAGAUGCCAAAUCUGAAGACACUCUAUCACGCCGAGAUAAAGAGCUUUCGUGCAAACAUGCGCGAGGAGCAGAAGGAUCUGCUGCCGCCAAGUGAGAUGGAUUUUGAGAUAGUGUUCGAGACGGAAGCGAGAAAUGUCCACAGAGCAAUUCAGAGGAUUCUCUCGGCAUGCAAGCACGAGAUAAAGGGACCAACGCUGCUCUUUAUGCAAAUAUCACUGAGUCUCGCUGAAUUGGUCGCCGCCAUGCCUCAGUUGGCGGAGUUUCCGCAGGUGCAGAUCCACAUCACGGACGAGGUGUCCCUGCUGUCGGCGAUCAACUGGCAACAGAAUGGUUGUCGCUCCAUCAUAAGGCACUUCCUCAAUCUGCCCACUGUGGUGGAGUCGAUGCUGCGACAGUGUCGCUACUAUCACAUCCCCAUCGGGAAUAUGCCAACGGAUCCCAUCCUCUUCGGGGCGGAUCUCUUCUUCGCUCGCUAUCUGCAGAAGAACAAGUUUCUCUUGUGGUGCUCUAAGACGAAUCGCCCGGACCUUGGCGGCCGCGAGACGGACGACAGCCGGCUGCUGAUGGAGUGCGACGAUGGGAAUUCUCGCGUCCAGAACCGCAGUGGCUUGUAUUCCAGCAUCUCCGUCGUGCUGACCAUUGAGAAUCUCGCCGUGAGCGCUCUGCUGCAGUCCAGCAAGAUCCAGGAGGCCGAAGGCUCUUUCAAUGCCGUGUCCUUUGACAUGAUACCCCAAGGAUUUGUCGACGAGAUGCUGGCCGGCCGAUCGAAGGCAUCGUAUGAUGAGUCGUCGCACUGCAAUUCAUCCCUGCGCGUGAUGCGCCUGAUGGUCAAUGGAUGGCUGAGGGACAUUUCUCUGAAUCGCAGCAUUUUCUCUGACACGCAAAUCAUGCACUUCUAUCGAUGGAUAAAGUCCUCGAGUGCUCUCUUCUACGAUCCCGCUCUGAGGAGGACAAUGUUCAAUCUGGUGAGGAAGUAUUUUCUGCAACUUCUGGCGGAGUUUCAGCGAAUGGGAGCCACAAUUGUCUUUGCCGACUUCAAUAGGAUAAUCAUCAACACAGAGAAGGAAACCACAGUGGACUCCAUUAACUACAUUGAUUACAUUGUCCAGAGUAUUCGCAACAAAGAGAUGUUUCACGGUGUUCAUCUCACGUUCCAACAAUCGUGGAAAUAUCUUCUGUGGAUGGACAAUUUCAACUAUGGUGGUAUUCGAGUGAAUCCUGAAGUGUCUGAGGAGAAUUCCCUGGAGAUUGAGAUGACAUUCAAUAUUGAGAAUGAAUUACCGAAGGAGGGAAAUUGUGCGGAGUACUUUGGGAAGCUCAUCUCGGCUCUGCUCACCUCUUUGGCGACGGAGGGAAGUCUGCAGAAGGCUUUCGAGCAGCACUGCCAACGCGCAUUCACAACAGUUGAGCACAUCCACAAGAAAUUUCCCCAUCAUGAGGCUAAACCAGCUCUAAAACUGGUCACAGCGCUUCACAAGAUCCUCUCCGUGGCGGAUCAUAUCACACCAGAGGUGGAUUCCCUGCACAGGAAUCUGCUGAAACUGAUCGGUGUGGGGGAGUUCAGUGAUGUGGCCACAUGGAAGGACUCCAGCAACCAAAUCACCCUCAUGGAAGUCAUCUGCAAAGCCUGCAAUCACUGCCGAGACCUCAAUUUGCACAAUGAUCCUCACAGAGCGCUCAAGGACGGAGUGCCCGUUUGGCUCUGCUCUCAGUGCUUCGGUUGCUACAAUACGGAUGAAAUUGAGGGAAUGCUGCUGGAAAUUGUCCAGCGGAAGCUCAUGUCCUACACCCUGCAGGAUGUCAAGUGUGUGAACUGCAAGCAAAUCAAGAAGAGCAAUAUGAUGGCCACUUGUGAGUGCACUGGCGCCUUCACGAAUCUCCUGCCGCGCGAGGAACUGCAGCGCGACCUCAAGAGCUUCCUGGAAGUGUCUCAAGUGUACCGCAUGACGCUGCUGGAGGACUACAUCAAGUGGAUUGAGAAGCUUUACUGA